AUGUUUGGGAAACUUCCGCCGCCGGCUUGCCCGGGUCUAUGUUAUCUACUAACAUUUAUUAUCGGAGCUUCAGAGAUCGUUCCAAGACACCAGGCAGCCUGGAGCCUCCGCUUCAACAGCUGCCUGCAGACUGUUUGGGAGCCGGGACCCGGCGGCCAUGGUCGGGGACAGCGAACAGAGCUGACGCUGCCGGAGCUGUGUGUCUUGGGGCCUGAGAGAGAAGCCUCUGCUGGCUCGCUGGUGAAUCCAGAGCGCAGCCCAAGACCUGGCUCCAGGCGCAGAAAACGCGAUGGACUUUUUGGCAUAUUUUCCCAGGAUCCUGACACAGAGCUGGAAGUUGCGCAAGCACUGCGGAUGGUGAAAACCAAUUUUUGCCCCUAUCACCGCAUAGCAGCUGUGGGUGCCAGCAUGGGCGUUGAAGGCUUGGCCAAUGAUGCCUCGCGCUCGCAUUGCCCAACGCGGAACUUGCGAGAGAUCAUCGGUGCCCUCCGCUUGUUCCGCAGUGACCGUGACAACCAAGAGCGCUUGGGACUGGCCAAGGUGAUUCAGGAGCUUGUGACAAUGGUGUCUGAGAUCAUUUCCAAUCAUUGCAAGCUCUCCAAGCAACACCAGGCUAUCCCGGUCCAGGAUCCGGAAGAUGAAGAAUGGGUGCGGCCGCAGCUCCUCCUUCAAGGUUCGGAGCAGCACUUGACGCAAAGCGUUUCGCGCUUCGUCUUCCAUCAGCUCCAUCAUCGGUUGUUUCCUACAGAGCCCACUGCGGAGGAUAACAGGAUCCACUUGCAGAUUCAGAGAUUGUGGUGGCUCCGGCCGCGGCAUUUGGAUUUGCAAAAGGCAUUGGCAGAAACGGAGCAGGCCAGCGAGGCUGUAAAGCUCCUACAGAGGCUGCAUAGCUUGCGCAGCCCCAACGAAAUGCUGGAAGUGAUGGCGCAAGCAUUUCGAAUAACGACGCAGGCUGCGUGCCUGAAAUCACAGCUGGCUGAAGGCAUUUGCAAGACCUCCCAGGACAAUGCUUUUGGCGCGGAUGAGGCAUUGCCCCUCUUCAUUCUGAUCAUCAUCAGGGCUAAUCCACGCAUGCUGGACAGCGUCCUGAGCUAUGCUGAGCGUUUUACAACGAGCGAUCAGCGGCGAACUGAGCAAGGUUAUGCGCUGGCCCAGGCGCAGUCAGCCGUUGAAUUCUCGAAGCGAUGCCGAAAGGAGCAGCUGUCAAACUUGAAGCCUGGCGAGUGGGAGAGCAGCUUGGUUUUGACCGACAACUUCAUGAAGGGCACCGACCUCGGCACUUUGGCACCGACAUGGGGUGACUGCACAUCCGCCGGGCCCGCCGCCAUGGCAGAUGUCAGGUGGUGUCCGGUGAUGGUGGUGGCCUGUGGCCCAGAGGCGGACUUGGCGGAAAGCUUGUCAGCUCUUGGUGCUGCGAAACCGUGUGCUGAAGCUGGACCUCUCCUGGAAGAUGGACAGCUGCAUUUGGCCGCGUCCGGAUUCUGCCUGUGGGAGAAUGAGGGACCAGCGGCCGUGAUGACCUCCGCGACCUUGCUGGCGCCGUUUCUACGGAAGCGCCUGGCUUCGCUGGUGUCUGACCGAGUGCUGGACCCACGACUGGUGGCGACCACAGAGCUGUUUGUCGUCUUCCCUGGAGAGAAACCAUUGGUGGCGGAGGCAUCACUGGCAGCUUGCUUGCCACUUCCUGCGGAGCCAUCACUGCAGCUGCUGCAGGCUGCGUUGGAUACAUCUCCUUCCGAGGAGAUGACGUGGCGGCCACCAGUGGUAGGUAACUUGGGUGUGCGUUGCUCCGUCUGA